AUGUGUAAAUUUUAUCUUCUAAUUCAAACAACGCUCACAUUCAUCGGGAUACAUCGUUUUUUACAUGGCUACAGGAUUUUAAACCCUAUUCCAGGGCUAAAUAGUGUUAAUUUUACAGGUACCAAAUUCGCCAGUAUUGACCAUAGUACCGAGUUUCCAGGUACUAAAUUCCAUACUGCGGAUCCAAUGUAUGUGAAGCACAUUGACGAAAUGAUGUUUGAGUGUGCGAUUUACAAGGACAAGUUAACAUUUCCGUCAAAUUCUACGACGCAGAGAGCGGCCCGUUCUCAAGCGUUUGAGGCUGAGGAUUUAAUGAAUAAAGUGGCGGAAGAGGUGGAAAGAGCAAGAGAAAGAUCAAAGUUAAUACAGAGAAAUAUAAAUAGAAUUAAAUUCCCAAUCGUUGGGAAAACCACGAAACCAGACACCAAAUACCUACAGAAAAUUUACUACAUACUUGAAGAAAAUAACAGAUCACUCAGUGAAAAUACGCUCACACAAACUGAUAAACCCGAGGGAUCGGAUAGAUUCUCCGGAUCUGAGUCACAAAGUAAUAAAAUAAGAACAUUGGUGCAGGCGAAGAACAUUAGUAAAGUGUUUGAAACACCAGGAACACAUAAAUGCGUUAACCUAUUUCCAACAUUUUUAUCCUCCAAAUCACCACUAAUGCCGGGUCAGGAGUCAUCGAUGGUGUUGGAUGAUGAGCACAAGGAGUUCCUGGUGAACGAAAUACGAGAGAGUAACAUCUUCGGCAUUUUUAUCGCAUUCGUCUCCAAAGUCGAUCAACAAACACAAAAACCAGAAAUUCUACCCAACGCCACUCUAUGCGAAUUUGUGGAUAUAACGAAUUUGGAUAAGACGGGAGUCAUAACAGUUAGGGCCCUGGAAAGGUUCAAAAUCGGAAACGUCAUCGCCAUCUCAGACGCCGUCAUCAACGGUGAAGUAAGUUUGUUGAGGGAUUUGGGGAUGGUGAGGAAUCCGGGGAUGGCGCAGGAGAAUUCGAGAAUCAUAGAGAAACUCUAUGAUCGCUGUAAUCUACUGGAAUCGGAAUAUAGGAGACUGGAGGGUAAUUUGGAGGACGUGGAGAAGAUCAAUUCCAGGCUAAAAUUCAGUGAAAAGAUAUCACAGAUGAUAGAAAACGUUGAUUUUGAGAAGGAGCCGAAUCUUAUUUACGAGUUAACGGCGUUUGCGGGGUUAGAAUUCCACGCAGACGCAGAGACUAAAGUCUGGGCCUGUAAUACUACAGACACAGAUCAACGCUUAUUAGUCAMCGUAGACGUCCUUAAAACUAAAAUCGACUACCUCAACAACCUCAUCGCAGAUAAAUCCACACAGAACCAAACACACACACAAUAA